AUGGUCACAUCCACUCUUUCCACCUCCUUUCCCAAGAUAUCUUCCGCCACAGCAGUUAUCGUCCCCACAAAACCCAACGCUCUGACUGUUUCCUUCAAACAACUGGCGCAGGAUGUCUUGGUCUUUCAGAAGCAACUUGCUCAACUGGGCAUUCGACUUGCCGACGCCGUCUCAAUAGCUUUGCCCAACAGCUACGAGUUCAUCGUGUCUUUUCUUGCGACCUCCUUCCAGCGAGCAAUUGCGGCCCCUUUGAAUCCUGCCUAUAAGCAAAGCGAGUUCGAGUUCUACAUUGAAGAUCUCUCUUCAACCGUGAUCAUCCUGCCUCGGGGAGCAUAUGCCAGGGACGGUCCUGCAGUCAAGGCCGCCAGGAAAUACCAUGCUGCCAUUGCGGAAUGCUACGUGGAUGGAACGAAGGUGAUCCUGGACGUGAAAGAGCAGGGCAAGUUGGUACAGAGACAAUCUCAACCAGUUGCUCAAGCCGAGCCAGAAGACGUUGCACUGGUGCUGCACACUAGUGGCACCACCGGCCGCCCGAAAGCAGUUCCGUUGACUCAUCGCAAUUUGACAAGAACAAUGCAAAACAUUCAAAACACCUACGACCUCACUCCUCAAGAUCGGACAAUGUUGGUCAUGCCACUCUUCCACGUCCAUGGUCUUCUAGCCGGGUUUCUAGCUCCUCUUGGUGCUGGAGGAUCUGUCAUUGUUCCCGACCACUUCUCCGCACGAUCCUUUUGGCUCGACUUUAUUGAGCACAAAGCAAAUUGGUACACGGCGGUGCCUACAAUUCAUCAGAUUUUAUUGAAGAACCCUCCGCCCAGUCCGAUGCCCAGGAUCAGAUUCAUCCGGUCAUGCUCAUCUGCACUGUCACCCAAAACUUUUCGGGAGCUUGAAAAGACGUACCGAACGCCAGUCCUUGAAGCUUACGCCAUGACGGAGGCAGCCCAUCAAAUGUGCUCCAACCAGCUGCCUCAUCGCGGAAAACGAAAGCCUGGCAGUGUGGGGAUUGGCCAAGGAGUCGAAGUCAAGAUCCUCGACGAUCAAGGCGAUGAAGUUCCGCAAGGCCAAGAAGGCGAGAUCUGCAUCAGGGGAGAGAACGUCACAAAAGGCUACAUCAAUAACGAGAAGGCAACCAAAGAAGCAUUCACCAAAGGGGGGUUCUUCCGCACAGGUGAUCAGGGUAAGAAAGAUGAAGAAGGCUAUGUCUUUAUUACGGGAAGGAUCAAGGAGCUCAUCAACAGAGGAGGUGAGAAGAUCAGCCCGAUCGAGCUGGAUCAUGUGAUUUCUGCCAACCCGGACGUGGCUGAAGGUGUCACUUUUGCUAUCCCUUCAGAACUAUACGGCCAAGAAGUUGGAGUGGCACUUGUCCCCAAGGCCGGGAAAAUGGUUACGGAGAAGGGCAUCACGGAUUACGUUGCCAGCAAGACGGCCAGGUUCAAAAAGCCCAGCAGAGUUUGGAUCUUGAAAGAGAUACCCAAGACAGCCACUGGGAAGAUACAACGGAGGAAGGUUGCAGCUACUCUUCUGGCCAGAGACCAACCAAGAGCGAUGCUUUAG